CAUGAACGCGCUUGUGGCUGGAGAACACAAACCCAGAGUUGACUGAACUACUGGAUGACCACCUAGUGAUUUUGCAGCCAGUGUCAGGGUUAGUGAAGCCAGAUAAAGACAAGAUAUCCUCCUGGGUAUGUGAAACUUGCUUCGCAGUACAAGCCUCAGACACUGAGCACCAUGUUCACAGAGGUGCUGGUUGCUCUGGUGAUUGGAGGACUGAUCUUCUUCCUGGUUCAGAGGAGCAGGACCCAGGUUCUUAAGACAGAGGACGGCUGGUGGGGAGCUGGAGCACCCCCUGAAGGCGGGGAGGACGUCACCAUUCGCCCCUUUAAAGUCUCCACCAGUGAUGAAGAGCUGGAGGACCUGUACAUGAGGAUAGACCAGACUCGCCCUGUUCCUUCACUAGAGGACAGCCAGUUUCAUUAUGGCUUCAACUCCCAGUACCUGCAGAAGGUGGUCUCUUACUGGAGAAAUGACUUUGACUGGAGGAGACAAGUUGACAAACUCAACCAGUACCCCCACUUCAAAACCAACAUUGAAGGCAUUGAUGUCCAUUACCUGCAUGUGAAGCCCAAGAAGGUGCCGGAGGGAGCUGCUGCUAUUCCUCUGAUAAUGGUUCACGGCUGGCCUGGCUCCUUCUAUGAGUUCUACAGAUUAAUCCCUCUGCUAACAGAACCAUCAAACCCACACGACCUUGUGUUUGAGGUGGUGUGUCCCUCCAUACCAGGGUACGGGUUUUCAGAGGCCCCGCAUAAGAAAGGUUUUGAUUCAGUUUGUGCGGCACACAUCUUCCACAAACUGAUGAAGCGUCUGGGCUUCCAGCAGUUCUACGCUCAUGGAGGAGACUGGGGCUGGCUGGUCACCACCAACAUGGCUCAGCUGGAGCCCAAGACAGUCAAGGGCCUGCACGUGAACUUUGCCCCGCCCUCCAAGCCGGGGCUGACCAUGGUUUUAUCCAUCAUGCUCGGCCGUCGCUUCCCUAAGCUGUUCGGCUUCACUGACAUGGAUAUUCAGCAUCUCUACCCCGCCAUGGAGAGACAGGUGGUGGAGCCCAUCAAGGAGUCUGGCUACAUGCACAUCCAGGCCACCAAGCCUGACACCGUGGGUCGAGGACUGAAUGACUCCCCAGUGGGUCUGGCUGCCUACAUUUUGGAGAAGUUCUCCACGUGGACAAGCCGCGACUUCAGGAACCUGGAGGAUGGAGGACUCACCAGGAAGUUCUCGCUGGAUGACCUGCUGACUAAUGUGAUGAUCUAUUGGACGUCUGGCUGCAUCAUCUCCUCCAUGAGGUUCUACAAGGAAAACUUUGGCAAAGGCCUCAACCAGCCUCACGCUAAGAUACCUGUGUACGUCCCCACUGGGUUUGCCUGCUUCCCCGAUGAGCUGAUGCACACUCCCCAACUAUGGGUCAAACAGAAAUACCGUAAACUUGUGACCUUCACGCCCAUGCCCCGUGGUGGCCAUUUUGCUGCCAUGGAGGAGCCCCAGCUGAUGGCCGAGGACAUCCAGAACUUCACUAAGACAGUGGAGAAGAAGAUGAAAUAGAAGGGGGGGGCAGACUUAUGAACAGGUUAAUGACCUAAAAGUGCUGAAUGAAGGUAUUGAUAAGCAGUAAGUAGACAUGUACACACUGUGAUUUUGUACUGCGUUUCUCUAUGAGGUGGAAUUGAUAACAUAGCUCUAUAAAGUGAAAUUCCUAAUCGCAAGUCUUCGUGACUGAGCCAGUCUUACUCUGCUUUGAAAGUUGAACAGUAAAAGAAGCAAAACAGAAAGAGCGAAAAGUGAAUUGGGAUGGGAUUUGUUGACUUGACGAAAUUGAGCAGUUGUAAAAUACCCAGCUUAUAAUGAAGCUACUUCCUGUAUAGAUCUUUCUCUUUUUAACUCUUAAGCAAUACAUGUUUUUUACAUAAAGGACACAUGUUUACAGCCUGUCAGCCAGGAGCCAGAAAUCAGUACCAUACAUUGACAGACCUCCUGCCUUCCUCACAACUUCCUCCAGCCUUUAACAGUUUACUACGCAGCUGCAGAUGGGAGGUCAGGGGGCGCUUGUUGUUAUUGUGUUGACAGCCUGGACAAGGUGCCAGACAUUCCUCCAACUGAUAACACGAAGCCUCAAACACGAAGCUGUAUUAUCGCCUUAAACCUCUGAGUUGUUUGAUUUUAUUGUAAUUUUUCCUUUCAAAUGUAUUCACAACUCAUGUUAGCAGUUUAAAAUCUUUGUUGAAGUCAGAUGUCUUUAAAGCAGGGGUUCAUACCAAGCCCCCCCUGUUAGCUUUAGCUUAUGGCUGGGGCCCCAUUUUGCAAGCUGUCUUUAAAAUCAACCAUCUGGAUAUAUUUUUGUACUUUAUUGCAUAAUUCAUAAAUACUACUACAACCACUAAUAAUAGUAGCAUGAAACAACAGCAAUAGUAAUAAUAAUAAUGUCACUAAAAUAAAUUGCAGCUGAGCUUCUGUUAGCUUAGCUGGUGGUCUUUUCCUUUUCUAAAAUGUGUGUUGUGAGUUAGCACCAGGUAGCUAGAUGCUAGCAAGCAGGCUAGCCAGCUAAAUGUCAGGAGCAGAGCAGCUUUGCAGCAGGCGCGGACAGUUAACAGUCAACAUUGACAGCUUAUGAAGUGAUGAUAGAUGUUUAACUGGCAGCCAAAUACAGUGGAAAGAUGGGUAUGGCAAGUAGGAUUUUAAUAUGAUACAAGUUUGCUAUGCAUUAAUUAAACAUUCUCACUGAUUGACCUUGAUAUGCUAGUUUUAAGCACUACAAUUUAUGACUACAGAGACUAGAAGCAGUGGUUUUACAGAGUUGUUGACCAAGAAGCAGUGAAGAAAAUGUGGCUGUGGGACACAUUCGCAACAAGAGAGAGUAUCCUUUCAUAACUCAGACAGCCUGCUUUCAACCGGUCAGAUAGGAAUAUUCAGGUGGAUCAUGGCGAUGAUGACAAGGAGGAUGUAAUAGAGGGUAAAGACGGCACACAGACAGAGAGAGGGACAGUGUAGAGACAGAGAGGGUGGACAGCUCAGCCCCUUCAGCCGUGGUGUGACAGACAGGGAGGUAACUCCAGAGAAGCAAAGGACAAAAAAUGUCUUUCCAAUUUGUUUCGUAUUGUGAAUAGUUGCUACAAAUAGAAGAAUAAAACGCGUCAGACUCAGGUGAGCAAAGGCCUCAACAAUUCUGAAAAUCAGGAGUUAAACUGUGAUAGGUGCUCAUUGUGUUGAUCUUGAAAAGACUGAAUAAAUCUGUAAUGCUGUGAGACAAGUUUUUUCUGAAUUAAAUGAUGAAAAAUAUUGAGUUAUAUUUAGAACAAUGAAAAGGUGUUUUCAUGAUAUGGGCAUCAGAAUGCAUAACACAAUAAAAUGCCAGUCAGAUCAUUUCUUUUUAAAGCUAUGCAGUUUAAAUGAAUUGCAGUGUAUGCUACCAUUCCAUGGUGACCUGUUGUAUCUCAGAUUGUGACACAAUGUGCUAUCUUUGACCAAAUAAAAUUGACUCUUGAGUA